AUGGAGAAAAUCGAACGUACUCGGUCUUCCUCGCUCGAGAAUGAGAAGCACGGACACACAACAACCCAACGAGUGGUCGUGCAGAACAUGUUCACAAAUGCUGCUUCUGCGACUGAGAAGGAGCACAAAAUGAGCAUACUCCAAGGUGUCAGGCUCUAUCCCAAAGCGAUUAUCUUCUCUGUGAUCAUUUCACUGUGCUGCGCCAUGGAAGGAUACGAUAUUGCUUUACUCGGCAAUUUCUACGCGUUUCCACCAUUCAAUCGCAAAUACGGCGAACUUCAAUCAGAUGGUACCUAUCAAGUCCCAGCUGCUUGGCAGGCAGGUAUUUCGAAUGGUGCUCAAUGUGGUCAAAUCAUUGGUCUUUUUCUGACUGGUUGGGGUGUGGAGAAAUUUGGUUACAAGAAGUUUAUCCUUACAGUUUUUGCCUACCAAGCCUGCAUCAUCACCAUCUUCUUCUUUGCACCCAGCAUCCACAUUUUGCUUGUCGGUGCGUGUUUCGCUGGUAUCGCCUUUGGUGUUUUCAUGUCAGUCGCACUCCGAGGUUACCUCACAACUUGGGGUAACUCAUGCUGGGGUAUUGGUCAACUGAUCGCCAUUGCUGUCAUUCGAAGCAUGUUCGGUCGCGAUGAUCAAUGGGCAUACCGAAUUCCGUAUGCAUUGCAAUGGAUGUGGUUUCCUAUUGUCGUUACUGGUAUCAUCCUAGCACCUGAAUCGCCAUGGUGGCUUGUUCGACAAGGUCGUUACGAAGAUGCGAAGAAGUCACUUCUCCGAUUGACCUCACCAAAGACGGACCCCACCUUCAGCGCCGAAGAGACUGUUGACAUGAUGCGACAUACCAAUGAGCUCGAGAAGGACAUGACAGAGGGAGCCUCUUAUCUCGACUGCUUCAAGGGUGUCAAUCUGCGACGCACAGAGAUCGUUUGCAUGCUGUUCGUUUCACAGAACUUGGCUGGCAACACUUUCUCGAAUUAUUCGACAUACUUCUUCGCUCAGGCUGGGUUGACUGGAACUGUUGCAUAUGAUUUCGCAAUGGGUCAAUAUGGUCUGAACACGAUUGGAGCAUUCGUCACAUGGGCAUUCAUGGCUUGGGGCGUCGGUCGUCGCACAUUGUUCCUUGUCGGUCUUUCCGGAUUGUGCUGCACCCUUCUGAUUCUCGGAUUCCUUGGUCUUGUUCCUGAAGCACACAAGGAUUCAGCUGCUCUUGCUACUGGAUCGAUGAUGAUUGUAUGGGCCGCUUUUUAUCAGUUCUCUGUCGGUACAGUCGCUUUCUCACUCGUUGCGGAGAUGUCAACCAGAAGAUUGCAGGUGAAGACUGUCGCGCUCUCGCGUAUCGCCUACAACAUCGCUGCGAUCAUUGUCAACGUGCUGACACCAUACAUGUUGAAUCCGACUGCAUGGAACUGGGGAAACUUUGCUGGUUUCUUCUGGGCAGGUACAUGUUUCUUGAUGUGUGUAUAUCACUACUACAGACUGCCGGAGCCAUCAGGACGAACGUUCGCGGAGAUGGAUCUGCUAUUCGAGAGACGGAUUCCUGCACGACAAUUCAAGCAUACUGAUGUUAAUGCCUUUGAUGUGGCGUUGCAGCAUCAAGUUAGGGAGGAUAAGCCUGGUGUUGAGCAUCACGAUCGUGUGUAG